GACCCCCCAGCCGCCCCCGCCCCUCCAGCCCUACGACCGCAUCAAAAACCCCGCCGACAUCGCUGUCAUCGUCAUCUACUUCGUCGUCGUCAUGGCCGUCGGGCUCUGGGCCAUGCUGUCGACCAAUCGGGGAACAGUUGGAGGCUUCUUCCUGGCUGGCAGGAGUAUGGUGUGGUGGCCGAUUGGAGCAUCUCUCUUCGCCAGUAACAUUGGCAGUGGCCACUUUGUGGGGCUGGCCGGCACAGGGGCAGCUGCUGGUAUUGCCACUGGAGGCUUUGAAUGGAACGCCCUAGUACUGGUUGUUAUCCUGGGUUGGGUGUUUGUUCCUAUCUACAUCAAGGCUGGGGUGGUGACAAUGCCAGAAUACUUGAAGAAGCGAUUUGGAGGUCAGCGGAUUCAGAUCUAUCUGUCAGUUCUCUCUCUGCUCCUCUACAUCUUCACCAAGAUUUCAGCUGACAUUUUCUCCGGAGCUAUAUUCAUCAACCUGGCCCUGGGGUUGAACCUCUACCUGGCCAUAUUUAUCUUACUGGGUAUUACCGCCCUUUAUACUAUCACAGGUGGCCUUGCUGCUGUGAUUUAUACUGAUACCCUACAGACCUUCAUCAUGCUGGUAGGGUCUUUCAUUCUCAUGGGAUUUGCCUUCAAUGAAGUGGGGGGCUAUAACUCCUUCAUGGAGCGAUACAUGAAUGCCAUUCCAACGAAAACCCAAUACGGAAAUAAAACAGUUGAUCCAGUAUGCUACACACCUCGGCAAGACUCUUUCCAUAUCUUCCGAGAUCCCAUCACUGGAGACCUUCCCUGGCCUGGCCUUAUCUUUGGAUUGAGUAUUCUUGCACUGUGGUACUGGUGCACAGAUCAGGUGAUUGUGCAGCGGUGCCUCUCAGCCAAGAAUAUGUCUCACGUGAAGGCCGGCUGCAUCAUGUGUGGGUACCUGAAGCUGCUUCCCAUGUUCCUGAUGGUCAUGCCUGGGAUGAUCAGUCGGAUUUUGUACACAGAUAAAGUGGCCUGCGUUGUACCCUCAGAAUGUAAGCAACACUGUGGCACUGAAGUUGGAUGUACCAAUAUUGCUUACCCAACACUGGUGGUAGAGCUUAUGCCCAAUGGAUUACGAGGUCUAAUGUUGUCAGUGAUGAUGGCCUCUCUCAUGAGCUCCCUGACCUCCAUUUUCAACAGCGCCAGCACCCUGUUCACCAUGGACAUCUAUACCAAACUGCGAAAAAAGGCUUCUGAGAAAGAGCUGAUGAUAGCAGGAAGGAUAUUUAUGGUAGGACUGAUUUUCGUCAGUAUCGCUUGGGUACCCAUUGUGCAGUCAGCUCAAAGUGGACAGCUCUUUGACUAUAUCCAGUCGAUCACCAGCUACUUGGGCCCCCCCAUUGCUGCUGUUUUCCUGCUGGCUGUUUUUUGCAAGAGGGUCAACGAGCCUGGUGCCUUCUGGGGAAUGGUCAUUGGACUACUUAUUGGACUGUCUCGAAUGAUUUCCGAGUUUGCAUAUGGCACAGGCAGUUGUAUGGAGCCCUCCAACUGUCCUGAUAUCAUUUGUAAAGUGCACUACCUGUAUUUUGCUAUUAUCCUCUUUGUCAUUUCCAUUGUCAUCAUUCUGGUAAUCUCCCUGUUAACUAAACCCAUUCCUGAUGAAAACCUCUAUCGUCUGGUUUGGAGUUUGCGCAAUAGAACAGAGGAACGUAUUGAUCUGGAUGCCGGAGAUAGCACUAUGGAGAACCAAGGGGAACAGGAAGAAAACACUGCAAUAGACAUAGAAGUUCCUGAUGAAAACCCAGGGUGCCUCAAAAAAGCCUAUUCUUUGUUCUGUGGUUUGGAUCAGAAGAAAGGUCCCAAGUUGUCUAAAGAAGAGGAAGAAGCUAUGCAGAUGAAGUUGACAGACACUUCAGAAAAGCCCCUUUGGAGAAAUGUGGUGAACAUCAAUGGCAUCAUUCUACUGACUGUGGCUGUUUUUUGCCAUGCUUUUUUUGCAUAAAUCUGCCUGUGCUGCACAGUAUGGUUAUGAAGGCUUGAAUCACUUUAUUCCUCUUCCCUUCAAGAUUGCACUGUGGGGUAAAGGGAGAUGGAUUUAGUUGUAAAUUACUUUUAGACAGAUGCAUUUGUAUAUUUGUAACCUAAAGAUUUGUUAAUGAAAAUAAUGAUCUUUGUAUUUUUUAAAAUUUUAAAUAAAUUAAAUAGCUUACUUUCCAGAAUUUCAAGAGGUGAAGUUCCAUUUGGUAUCAUAUUGAAUAUGCAGAUUAGAAAGACCUCUGUUCCCCCGAGACUCAAUUUAUUUAAUCUCAACUGCUUUCAUUGCAUAAGCAUUGAUUUUCUCUUAAAAUUUUAAUUCAGAAGUUCCGUCUCUAUGGAUACUUUUCUCUUUUCUUGUGUUUUCUCUAUUUGAAUGUUAAUAUUCUUUCACGACACACCUUCCCCUUUCUUUGGAUUCCCAGGCCUCAUCUCCUUAAAAUGCCUCUUACCUCCCACGAUUGCCAUUAAUCUAGAAGCAUCUGCACUAUGGCCAAUAUUUUUACUCUAGUAGUAUGGUGCUUGGGCAGGCACUAUAAUUGUUCAUGACCAGGGUUUUUUUUUUGUCUAUAGGAACUUGUUACUACCCAGGAAGGGCCAAUAAGGGGGUGGAAAUUCUUAGAGAAUGUUUCUGCCCACCACCGCUAAAAAUCUGUCCAGAUAUCAGACCACCUCCACUAGGGACAGAAUUAUGGAUAGGAAGCGAUGAUCUGUUUCAAUUGUAGAGUCUCAAGGUGGCACUAAAGUGUUCCUUUCUUUUCCAUUUAUUGGUGUGUGAUUAGAAAGAUGGGUGGAUAGUUUUCACUCCAGUUAGGUCCACGUGGCCGCAUAUAGAGCUUUGGCUUUCAAGACCAACACUUUAGGGCAGAAUUUUCUUUCACAAUCAGGAUCAGGCCUAGAAGUUGAAAAUUCUGCAAACAUUUUUGCUAAUUUUAAAGCAAAUCGAUCUGUAGUAUGUGUUAAGUACUUACUAUGAGGGGAGCACUCUACCAAGCAAAUGGGAGAGUGCAGAGAAUGAACAGACACGAUAAUAAUAAUAAUAAAUGAUGGUAUUUGUUAAGCUUAGUGGGUGCCAAGCACUGUUCUAAGCGCUGAGCACUGUUCUAAGCUCUGAGCACUGUUCUAAGCACUGAAGGAGCUUGCAAUCUACCAGGAGAGUUACAUACUGAAAUCAAAGAGAGAAGGAAGUAAUAGAUAUAUAGAAGGUAUGUAUAAAGUGCUCCAGAGGUUGUGAGUACUUAAGUGCUAGGGUGGCAUGGAAAUGUUAAAAUGACAGUUCGGAAAUAGACACUUGGGAGAUUAGAAAUCAUAUGGGGAAGAUCUCUUGGGGAACAGAGGAUGCCAAAGGGAAGGGAAUUGCAGGCAAGAAGGAGGGUGGAAGUGAGAGAUCUGUGGUGAGAGCUAUGAUAAUAAGACAAGUAGGUUAACUUGAGAAGAAUGAAGAGUGGGAGCUGGGGUCUGGUGAGAAAAGAGAGUUGAGAUAGCGAUAGAGAGAUAGCGAGAGUAGAUAGGGAAGAGAGAAUAGAAACACGGUCCAGGCAGCAAAGUAUGGCCCCCAAAUUGGGAUUGUUUAAAAGGCAGGAAAUCAGUGUGGAGACUAAUGCAGGAGUUAUGUUGGCCAUUUAGGUGGCCAGUUAUGGACCAAUUAUGAUUAUUCACCUAAGAGUUGUAGCAUCAGUGUUUCUUCAGCUUAUCUAAGCAUUUCUUUCGGUCUCAUCAUCACUGUACUUCCAUCCGUUGGUACUUCCAUCACUGGGUAAAAGGAAUCGGUGUCAACUCUUCAGUAAGGAGACUGAGACUAGAAAAGAUUUUAGACGACCUCCAUUAUGGAUAGAAUUAUGGAUAAGAAGUGACCAUCUGUUUCAAUUGUACAGUCUCAAGGUGGAAGAAAAGUGUUCUUUUAUUUUCCAUUUUUUGGUCAUGUGACUAAGAAAGAUGGGCAUGUACUUUUCACUCCAGUUAAGUCAGUGUUGUCAAGUAUAUAAAAUAAUUGUAGACUGUUUUUGCAAAUGGAGUUCUUGAUCUCUUUUUUCUCUUCUCAUUUCCUUUGCGCGCAAGUAAUUAUUUCAUUUCUUUAAUGAAGAAUUGAUUUUCAAAAUAAUUACUGUAAUAUAACCCCUCUGGAGAAAGGUGAAUGCCAUACUGAUAUUAACUGUAACCUGUUCAGGUUCUUUAAAUAUGACUCUGGAAUUUUAAUAAGAGAUUGGGUUCUGAGACGAAUGAGAGAAAAUGUCUGUAGUAAUGGGUGCUAAUUUAAAAGAAAGACCUGAAUAUGGAGGAUUCCAGGGAGUAAGAAGAGGCUGAAUGCUUUUUCAACCCUGAAGAGAAAAAAAAAAAUGGAAGGGAAAUUUGAUUUCACUUCUAAUUUCUCUUUGACCCACUGAGUAGUGGGUAAAUAUCUGGAACCAAUGGACAUAUCUCAAUCCUCAGUGAGGAAGAUAGUAUGUUGCAAUAUACAUCAAUUAUGCCUGUAUUCCUACUGGUUAAAGAAGGAGAAGAAGAGUUUAUUGGUCGGAGUAGCACAGGAUUAGUUAAUGUUUUAGGUUCUGUUUCUAGCUUUGCUGCUGGCUUCCCUCAUAAAUUAAGGCAAAUCACUUAACAUUGCUAUUUACUUUUUCUAUUUCUUAAAAUUGGGGUAAGCAAUAUCUGUCAUCUACCUCAGAGGGAGUCACGAGCUUAUUUCAUAAAAUCUUUGUGAGAUUUUCAAAUGAAAAAUGUUGUAACAAUAAAAUAUACUGCAUUCAUUUUGUUGUCAUAAAGAAAAAAAUUCUUAAUUGUUCUCCAAUAGUAGUAGAUCUAGUGAAUUAGUUUCUUGUUUUGGAAUUAUGUGAUUAGUCUAAUUGUAAGACAUAGUCUUUAAGAUCCCAGAUACUUGUAACCAUAUAGCAUCAAAUUCAGCUCUUUUUUAAACAAGGAAGAUGAACAGAUAAGAAUAUAAGCAACACUUCCAGGAUGCUGAAAAAAAGCUGUGAUGUGGAUAGGAUGUGAUUUAUAGAUAGUUUAGUCACAUCUCUCCAGUGCAAAUGUUCCAACUGGUUCCAUAGAUGAAGAUUUAAAAGUACAGGUAACAUGUGGCUAUCAAAACAGAACCCCAGACAUAAACAGAAUUAGAAUCAUCCCAUCUAUACUGGGAUAAAAUGUUAGAAUCUUAAGCAGUGGUAGAAUGAUGUAAUUGCUCGCAGAAUUUAAAGUUGUAGUUGGUCAGGAAAAUCAAAUGAAAUGAAGCAAUGAGCAGUUUUCCUAGUAAAUGGUACUUGUUCCUUUGUAGAGAUGAGAAUGAGGGGCAUCUGUGUAAAAGAUGCCCAUCAACCAUGGAACCCUAUUAGUUUCUAAGUAUGUUUCAUAACAUUGAAAAAGACUCUUUUUUUGGACUCAUUACCUUAGAGGGCACCUCACCCUGUUUUCUUGAAAGCACCUCACACUUUCUCAUGUAGGUUACAGAACUGAAGUCAGUGUCAAUGGUGCCAAGAUAUAAACCGUACGUGUAAGCCAAGGACUGGCUAUGCUCCAAUGAGCAUGUCCAACUUUAUAAUUCUUCUCAUGCUCUAAUCUAGAAGCAUUUUUAAUUACUGAUAUUCAGGAUUCACAAUGCGCAGCUUUUUAUAUUUGUUUCUAUAAUUAAUGAAAGGGCAAAGGGUAUAAAGAUCCCAAAACUUGACUUUUGUAUAUUUUAGUUCUAUAUUUUGUACAGCGGGAACCCAAGAAAAAUUGCAAAGGGUGCAUCUUUUGUAAACCAAAUAAAAUGUUGUUAACAUUUA